AUGAUACAGGUCGGCAGUAAAUGCGACGAGCUCCGACAAGAAGUCACGACACAAGUCGAGGAAUGCAAGGAUCAAGUAGAGGAGAGACACACGGAAGUAGGAAGACGAAUAGAUUCCUUGUCGACAGAAUUGGAAAGGCAGAACAGGGAUAACGGCGUCCAAUUCGGCGAAAUCCGUGAGCAAGUUCAAGACGUUCGUGAAGCGACGAGGCAAGAAUUAGAAGCAGAGAUCGCACGAAAAAUGAAGGCCGCGGAAGAUAAGAUCGAGAAGUUAAGAGAGGCAGCUAAGGCGAAAGUUUUUAAUAAAAUUAAUGUGACAUAUAGUGCAAUAGAAUUAGACAAAAGAGAUGAUGCAGAUGCAAUCCAGGAUAUCCUUGGAGAAAUAACUGGUGCUCGAACAGUUCCACGAGUUUUUGUUAAAGGGCAGUGCAUAGGUGGAGGAACAGAUGUAAAAAAGAUGUAUGAAGCUGGAAAAUUAGAAGUGUUGCUGCAGUAGGAAAAAUGGUAUAAAAUCAAUAGUGCAAUUCACAACCAUGACAGCCAACAGUUGUGCAUUUCCUAAUUGUUGUACUUACUAAAAUUUUAUUUAUUUCAAAUGUUACAUUAAUGAAUGAUAUUGUACAAUAAAUUCUUGCUAAUGGUCAUCAGUUUUCUUUUCUGCAUUGGUCCUUUCACAUUUUGUUACAAAGUGAAAAGUUAAUUGUAGUAGUUAUAACGAAAAUUAGGCUGAAGUCUAGUAUACAGUACAGAAUAAAGGGUGUCGUUUAAAUUGACACUUUGCCCCACUCCGGUGGCAAUUGCGCAGUUUAAAUUCUGGAGGAUUUCUUGAAAAGUACUUACUUAUAAAAGUGAAUUGGGAAUGAUGCGGGGGAUAGAUUCAAGGAUGUUUAUAGUGAAUGUGAGGGCUGAAGGCCAAGCCUCAC